AUGUCUAACGACCCGGUCAACAAGCAAAGAGAGGCCGCAGCACCCUUUUGGGAUGGCGAACCAGACAGCAGGCCAGAACACUCGCCUUACGCCAGUCAAGUCUGUGCCGUAUACUUCCAAGGAAAUGGACCCCUCCAUAUCCCUCACGCACUCCUGCAUCAGAGUGUCGAGCUUACUUCCCGAAGCGUCGCGACAGACUGUUUCUCUUCGUCGUUACGCGACCUUCACUUGGACGAUAUCGACUACAAUACCGGCCAUGUCCUUAUUCACUUUAUGACCACCGGCAGGUAUCAAUGCCUGAAGCCACAGGGAGAGACUAUUAUGAUGAGGUAUGCAUCCGAGUUUACAACUGCACUCCGCGUGUACGCCGCAGCCCAAUCCUUUCAAUUGCCCUCUCUUCGUGAUCUGGCAAGAAGAGAGAUGAUCGCACUCGGCGACAGGUUGAGCUUGCCUUCCUUGGUUGAUAUCAUGGAAGAGUCAAGUCUGUCAUUGAGCACUCUCCCGGGAAUAGCCGCGUAUGUUGAGUCGCGCAUCCUUGCUUUUGCCGAGAACAUUACCUAUCCAACUUCAGAAAAGGUACUCUCUGAGAUUGGAACUCCCAACACGCUCAGCAUGGUACUUUUGAAGGCUAUUCUGCUGCUUCAAACUUCAAAAGUAUCUCUACGUGAUGAUUCACUUCGGAAGGGGGAACCCGUAGAGAUUCUCCGAGGUCUCAGCGAUACCGGAUCCAUAGUAAAAGGCAAGGCUUCGGAUGUGGAUCAAGUUAUGAAGGAAGCCGAGGAGCAAGCAGCUAAGAGGGCCGAAGAAAAGGUUGCUCAAGAAGCAGAAAAGGCUGCAGCUGCCGCUAUGGCCGUGGCGCAAAGAAUUGCUGCGGCUCAGGCGACUGAAGCAGUUCAUGAAGAGGGGGAAAUUGCUUGCUUAUUAGCAAAAAAGGCACACAGCGGAGGCAGGCUUUUCAAAGAAAAAGACGAAAAGAGGCUUUCUGCACUCGAGCAUAAUGCCACAAAGAGAGCUGAAGCUCGAGCUGCUCAUGAACUUGCUGAAGCAAAAACUGCCCACGCACUAAGUGCCCCCGCUGCAGACAAGGUCGACCUUUCGCUGUUGUGGGCCGCCAGGAAUGGAAACGAAGCCAUGGUCAAGAUGCUCCUCGAUACGGGCAAAGCCGACGUUGAUGCGAAAGACGACAAUGGCCGGACGCCGCUGUCGUUGGCCGCUAGGAAUGGACACAAGACUGUGGUCAAGAUACUCCUCGAUACGGACAAGGUUGACGUUGAUGCGAAAGACACAGAGUAUGGCCAGACGCCGUUGUCGUGGGCCGCUGAGAAUGGACAUGAGACCAUGGUCAAGAUGCUCCUCGAUACGGGCAAGGUCGACGUUGAUGCGAAAGACAUAGAGUAUGGCCAGACGCCGCUGUUGUGGGCCGCUGAGAAUGGACGCGAGGCCGUGGUCAAGAUGCUCCUCGAUACGGGCAAGGUCGACGUUGAUGCGAAAGACGACAACGGCCGGACGCCGCUGUCGUGGGCCGCUGAGAAUGGACAUGAGACUAUGGUCAAGAUGCUCCUCGAUACGGGCAAGGUCUGCGUUGAUGCGAAAGACGACAACGGCCGGACGCCGUGGUCGCGGGCCGCUAAGAAUGGACACAGGACCGUGGUCAAGAUGCUCCUCGAUACGGGCAAGGUCGACGUUGAUGCGAAAGACGACAACGGCCGGACGCCGCUGUCGUGGGCCGCUGAGAAUGGACAUGAGACUAUGGUCAAGAUGCUCAUCGAUACGGGCAAGGUCGACGUUGAUGCGAAAGACGACAACGGCCAGACGCCGCUGUCGUGGGCCGCUGAGAAUGGACAUGAGACUAUGGUCAAGAUGCUCGUCGAUACGGGCAAGGUCGACGUUGAUGCGAACGACAAUAAUGGCCGGACGCCGCUGUCGUGGGCCGCUGAGAAUGGACGCGAGGCCGUGGUCAAGAUGCUCGUCGAUACGGGCAAGGUCUGCGUUGAUGCGAAAGACGACAACGGCCGGACGCCGUGGUCGCGGGCCGCUAAGAAUGGACACAAGACCGUGGUCAAGAUGCUCCUCGAUACGGGCAAGGUCGACGUUGAUGCGAAAGACGACAACGGCCAGACGCCGCUGUCGUGGGCCGCUGAGAAUGGACAUGAGACUAUGGUCAAGAUGCUCGUCGAUACGGGCAAGGUCGACGUUGAUGCGAAAGACGAUACUGGCCGGACGCCGCUGUCGUGGGCCGCUGAGAAUGGACAUGAGACCAUGGUCAGGAUGCUCCUCGAUACGGGCAAGGUCUGCGUUGAUGCGAAAGACGACAACGGCCGGACGCCGUGGUCGCGGGCCGCUAAGAAUGGACACAAGACCGUGGUCAAGAUGCUCCUCGAUACGGGCAAAGCCGACGUUGAUGCGAAAGACGACAACGGCCGGACGCCGCUGUCGUGGGCCGCUGAGAAUGGACAUGAGACUAUGGUCAAGAUGCUCCUCGAUACGGGCAAGGUCGACGUUGAUGCGAAAGACGACAACGGCCGGACGCCGCUGUCGUGGGCCGCUAAGAACUGCAAGAUGCCGUGGGCGUGGUCGCGGGCCGCUAAGAAUGGACAUGAGACUAUGGUCAAGAUGCUCCUCGAUACGGGCAAGGUCGACGUUGAUGCGAAAGACGACAACGGCCGGACGCCGCUGUCGUGGGCCGCUGAGAAUGGACAUGAGACUAUGGUCAAGAUGCUCCUCGAUACGGGCAAGGUCGACGUUGAUGCGAAAGACAACAAUGGCCAGACGCCGCUGUCGUGGGCCGCUGAGAAUGGACAUGAGACUAUGGUCAAGAUGCUCCUCGAUACGGGCAAGGUCGACGUUGAUGCGAAAGACGACAACGGCCGGACGCCGCUGUCGUGGGCCGCUGAGAAUGGACAUGAGAUUAUGGUCAAGAUGCUCCUCGAUACGGGCAAGGUCGACGUUGAUGCGAAAGACAACAAUGGCCAGACGCCGCUGUCGUGGGCCGCUAAGAACUGCAAGACGCCGUGGGCGUGGUCGCGGGCCGCUAAGAAUGGACACAAGACCGUGGUCAAGAUGCUCCUCGAUACGGGCAAGGUCGACGUUGAUGCGAAAGACGACAACGGCCGGACGCCGCUGUCGUGGGCCGCUGAGAAUGGACAUGAGACUAUGGUCAAGAUGCUCCUCGAUACGGGCAAGGUCGACGUUGAUGCGAAAGACGACAACGGCCGAACGCCGUUGUCGUGGGCCGCUAGGAAUGGACGCGAGGCCGUGGUCAAGAUGCUCGUCGAUACGGGUAAGGUCUGCGUUGAUGCGAAAGACGAUACUGGCCGGACGCCGCUGUCGUGGGCCGCUAGGAAUGGACGCGAGGCCGUGGUCAAGAUGCUCGUCGAUACGGGCAAGGUCUGCGUUGAUGCGAAAGACGAUACUGGCCGGACGCCGCUGUCGUGGGCCGCUAAGAAUGGACAUGAGACUAUGGCCAAGAUGCUCCUCGAUACGGGCAAGGUCGACGUUGAUGCGAAAGACGACAACGGCCGGACGCCGCUGUCGUGGGCCGCUGAGAAUGGACAUGAGACUAUGGUCAAGAUGCUCCUCGAUACGGGCAAGGUCGACGUUGAUGCGAAAGACAACAAUGGCCAGACGCCGCUGUCGUGGGCCGCUGAGAAUGGACAUGAGACUAUGGUCAAGAUGCUCCUCGAUACGGGCAAGGUCGACGUUGAUGCGAAAGACGACAACGGCCGGACGCCGCUGUCGUGGGCCGCUGAGAAUGGACAUGAGACUAUGGUCAAGAUGCUCCUCGAUACGGGCAAGGUCGACGUUGAUGCGAAAGACAACAAUGGCCAGACGCCGCUGUCGUGGGCCGCUAAGAACUGCAAGACGCCGUGGGCGUGGUCGCGGGCCGCUAAGAAUGGACACAAGACCGUGGUCAAGAUGCUCCUCGAUACGGGCAAGGUCGACGUUGAUGCAAAAGACAAUAAUGGCCGAACGCCGUUGUCGUGGGCCGCUAGGAAUGGACGCGAGGCCGUGGUCAAGAUGCUCGUCGAUACGGGCAAGGUCUGCGUUGAUGCGAAAGACGAUACUGGCCGGACGCCGCUGUCGUGGGCCGCUAGGAAUGGACACAAGACCGUGGUCAAGAUGCUCCUCGAUACGGGCAAGGUCGACGUUGAUGCGAAAGACGACAACGGCCGGACGCCGCUGUCGUGGGCCGCUGAGAAUGGACAUGAGACUAUGGCCAAGAUGCUCCUCGAUACGGGCAAGGUCGACGUUGAUGCGAAAGACGACAACGGCCGGACGCCGCUGUCGUGGGCCGCUGAGAAUGGACAUGAGACUAUGGUCAAGAUGCUCCUCGAUACGGGCAAGGUCGACGUUGAUGCGAAAGACAACAAUGGCCAGACGCCGCUGUCGUGGGCCGCUAAGAACUGCAAGACGCCGUGGGCGUGGUCGCGGGCCGCUAAGAAUGGACACAAGACCGUGGUCAAGAUGCUCCUCGAUACGGGCAAGGACGACGUUGAUGCAAAAGACAAUAAUGGCCGAACGCCGUUGUCGUGGGCCGCUAGGAAUGGACGCGAGGCCGUGGUCAAGAUGCUCGUCGAUACGGGCAAGGUCUGCGUUGAUGCGAAAGACGAUACUGGCCGGACGCCGCUGUCGUGGGCCGCUAGGAAUGGACACAAGACCGUGGUCAAGAUGCUCCUCGAUACGGGCAAGGCCGACGUUGAUGCGAAAUAUUACAUUGGCCCAUACUUCUCAACAAGCAGUACUGAUUGA